CAUGGACGUUCUUCCCAAAUCGUUAGUGUCUUAUCAAAGUGAUUCUUCUGAUGAAGAGAGAAGUGAUAAUGAUAAAUCUAAAGAAGUUGAAAAGUCAAUCGAAAGCACUGUCAAUAUGGAUGCUCUAAAAUCUAAGUUUCUUUUAAACAGCGCGCCAAUUGUUGAUGCUAAGGAAGGAAUAGAUUGGAGAAGACACAUCGAUCCUUCAAUGAAAGAAGUUACAUUUAAUGCAAAGUAUGACGAACUCUUUUCUGCUUCGGUUGGACCACAAAAUCCAUUUAAAACGAAGCAGCAAAGAGCACAUAAAAAUAUGUUGUCUGGCUAUGUUGAGCCAGCUCAUAUCAGUAAAUUUCAAUUUGAUAAUCAACUAAAAACAUUCUCAAGUUACGGUUAUGCAUUAGAUCCAAGUGAUGACACAGCUCACAUUGAAGAGAAAUUUGUUGGGGAUGUUGAGAAAGCAAAGGAUAGCAAGGGAUUGACUGUGUUUGAAGCUACAAAACAGCGGGCGGGAGAUAAGAGGAAGAGAGAGGAUAAGGGAGAUCCUGGUGUGAUUGAUGGAUACAAGGGACCAUGGAGUAAGUUUGUUGAUGAAGAAACUAUUGCUAAACCAUCUGAGGAAGAGUCAACAAUACUUGAGGAGUAUGAAUUAUCGAAGAAAAACAAAUCAAAGAAAGAUGAUAUGAAACCUUCAGAAGAGAAAUCCACAUUACACAUUAAAGAUGCAUAUGACUAUCAAGGAAGAUCAUAUCUUCACAUUCCUCAAGAUCUUGGCAUUAAUCUCAAGUCAGAUACUCCUCCAGAACGUUGCUUUCUACCAAAGCAACAUAUUCAUACGUGGUCUGGUCACACUAAAGGUGUUUCUGCAAUAAGAUUCUUUCCGAAAUCUGCUCAUCUUCUCCUGUCGUGUAGCAUGGAUUGUAAAAUUAAGCUAUGGGAGGUUUACAAUAACAGAAGAGUUGUGCGAACAUUUAACGGCCACAAUAAAGCUGUUCGUGAUAUAUGCUUUAACAACGACGGAACUUCAUUUUUAAGUGCAGCUUACGACAGAUACUGUAAAAUGUGGGAUACGGAAACAGGUCAAUGUUUAGGAAGAUUCACCAACAGGAAGGUGCCAUAUUGUGUGAAGUUCAAUCCAGAUGAGGAUAAACAACAUUUGUUUGUUUGUGGUACAUCUGACAAGAAAAUAUUGACGUGGGAUACAAGAUCUAAUGAAAUUAUUCAAGAAUAUGACAGGCAUUUGGGUGCAGUCAAUCAGAUUGCGUUUGUUGACCAAAAUAGAAAGUUUGUGAGCACGUCUGACGAUAAAAGUGUACGGAUUUGGGAAUGGGAUAUUCCUGUUGAUGCUAAAUAUAUAGCUGAACCCAGCAUGCAUUCAAUGCCAUCAAUAACGGUUCAUCCUAACGAGAAAUGGUUGGCAUGUCAAUCGAUGGAUAAUCAAAUCAUGAUUUUUGGUAUUCAAAACCGCUUUCGAUUGAAUCGAAAGAAAACAUUUAAAGGUCACAUGGUUGCUGGUUACGCAUGUCAAGUAAACUUCUCUCCUGAUGGAAGGUAUGUUAUAUCUGGUGAUGCCGAUGGUAAGCUUUUCAUAUGGGACUGGAAAUCAACCAAAUUAUACAGUAAAUUUAAAGCUCAUGAUGCUGUUUGUAUCGGUUGUGCGUGGCACCCACAUGAAACAUCUAAAGUUGCCACGUGUGGUUGGGAUGGUUUAAUAAAGUACUGGGACUAACGUUCGCGACACAUGCUAUUUCAUCAAACCUUAAGUAUAAGACACACGUGGCACCCACAUGAAACAUCUAAAGUUGCCACGUGUGGUUGGGAUGGUUUGAUAAAGUACUGGGACUAACGUUCGCGACACAUGCUAUUUCAUCCAACCUAAAGUAUAAGACACACGAGCAAACUUCUUUAAGGUUAUUUGUAAAUAAAUAGUCUAUCCAUAAUCCUUUUUACCACUAAACAAUGAUAGUAUGAAAUACAGUUGAAAAUGUUAAAAAAAAAUUUAAUAUUACUGUAAUUUUGCAUGUUUUUUGUUUUUAUUUCAAACUUGUAAAUAUAUUGAACAGGAAAAAUCUGUUCGUUGAGGAAAUGGAUUGUUGAAUUUUAAAUUGAAAAUUUAGGUGGGUUGAUGUGAAAUUUAAA